AUGGUGCUGAAAUUCUGCAGCCCACCCUGGAGUGAUGAACUUACUACCGCUCCUUCAGGCAACCACGAUUCGGACGAGGGCCAGGCUACUGCUACUGCUACUGACGGCCGGCGGUCUGGAGUGGAACGAGCGUGGAAUGAUCUGCUGGUUGCUGCUUUUCGAGCAAAACAAAGUGAAGUCGUUUGUCGGUGGGAGAAGGAAUUCAACGUUUUCUUUGACGACAGUAAACCAGUAGGUCUUGGAUUCCAGCCCGCAUCAAAGAGCAACAAGUGUAGCCUCGUUCCUGCCGAAAGCUACGCUUGCGUCAUUCGGGACGUUGCGCCCGUGGGUCUUGCAGCAGACUACAAUGCGCGCUGCAGAUCAGCGGGGGAUUAUUCUCACAUCAUUGUCGACAAGCUGCGGGUGCGUAUGGUAAAUGGGGUUGAUGUUGCAAACAUACCGUAUGCCGAUGUUCUUCAAAUGUAA